UUUAAAUAGAAUGAAGAAAGGUGUAAAGGAUCCAAUGUUAUGUAGUUACCUUCAAUGCAAAAAUCCAAGAAGGUACUUCUGCACUGAAUAUAAAAAGCAGGUCUGUGAAGAAUGAUACAAUAUUCUGUACUUUGAUAAUGACAAGCAGAUUAUCCAAACCUCCAAAGAACUUGAACUUGCUGUUGAUCAGAUCUUUAACUUUGUCACUGAUCUCAAAAUCAGAGCUGAAGCGUCUAGGCUUACACAGAAGAUCGAUGGACUUGAACUAGCAUUUAAAGUCAUUUUUGAAGAAGUUGAGGCUUAUGGAAUGAAGGUUAGAAAUGCUAUCAGAAGAGACCACUUCACUGAGUAUGAGGAUCUAAUACAAGAAGCUUCGGAUAUAAAGACCAAAAUACUUUCUGGAGCAUUUGGAUGUGGAUCAGAUGGAUCCAAUCCAAUAUUCAGACUCUUUUUCGAUUUGCAAGUGCUUUCGUUUUCAAGCAGAUCUGGAGAAUGCAAAGAUCCAGUGUGGAUAAACAGAAUUAAAAGGAUAACAAAGAAGUCAUUGCAUUCCAAAGCAAGCCCUGCAGCUAAUAAUGCAAGUAUUCAGAAUGAAAAUAGAGAAGAAUCCAAGCAGGACGAAGAAGAUAUCCAGAACCUGCCAAGAGAAGCUAACCAAUCUGCUGAAAAUGAUACAAGAGCUCAGGAUCUUAUAUCAGCGUUUGAGGAGAAACUAAGACAGAAGGAGCAAGAGCUUCAAGCUGAGAAAGAUAAGUCUGAAGGAUAUGAGCAAGAUAUGAAUGUUCUUAAAACAGAAAAUGAUAAACUGAACAAAGACAAUAAUGAUUUAGUAGAAGAAGUAAAGCAAUUGACAGAGGAACUUAAUCAGAAAUCUGAAAGUAACGAAUCAGUAAACAAGAAAGAGUAUGAAGCUUUAUAUGAGAAACAUAUGGGAGAGAAGAAGAUUUUCGAUGAAAAUUGCCAACUUAGACUCAGAAUGACAGAUACAAAAGCUCAAAACUUUAUCAAAGAACUUGGUGACAAUAAAAUAAUCCUUCCUAAUAUCGAUGAAAGUCAUACAGGAAGAAUAGAUGACAGCAGCAUUGAGAUUAUUAAUAGAUACCUUCUCAAUUGCAUUCCAAAAUCUUUCUCAAAGAUCUACUUGAAUUGGGAAUGGAAUGAGUAUCCAAUUCAGUUCUCUUCGAUGAUUGAGGGGUUAAGUGUUGCUCUUCCUAAAAUAACAAAGGAAGUCCUAUUUAACACUUUUGUGAUUCAGUCUUCUGAUUUGGAACUCAUCAUGCAGAAAUGUUAUCAGACUGAAAAGAUCAUUUUUGCCUACUCCAAGCUAAUAUCUUCUGAAAGGAUGAACUUUGAUACAGGCAAAGGCUCAAAGUUGAAGUGUCUAUCUAUUUGUUCCUCAGAUUUUAAUAAGCAAGGAUUAUCAUCUGAUUUCCAAAACCACCCUGAAAGAUUAGAAUGGAUCAUCGAAGCUCUAAGCAAAUCUGCACAUAAAACAUCCCUCGAGUAUAUUAAUAUCCAAGACUGCCCAAUCGAGGUUAAGACAGUUGAAGAUAUGUUGAAAAAGUACGGGAUGGAUACAGUUGUUGUUAAUGUAAGUGAUGAAAAUAUGCCUCCAUAUCUUUUAUAA